AUGGACAAAGAUUGCGACAUGUUAUAUAAGAACAUCUCUGACAUAUAUAAAUCUGGGGAGUUUAAGACAUACGACAACUUUGUUUCAUUAGCUGCAAAAUGUGUAUGGCAGAUAAGAGAUAAAGAUAGAAGAGGUAAGGUAUGGAAUGAACAGAUAAAACCAACUGCUUCAGAUUUAAAGAAAACCAUUGACGCCUUGGUUGUUUUAGCAGGUAAGGUUUCAGAAUAUAACGCAAAAAUGAACCCGCAAUGUUCUAAAUGUAAAGCGGCAAUAAGAAAAUAUAACUACUCAGUCAAAGAGAUAGAAAGAAUGAGAAACGACUAUGCAGACUUAAAGAAAGAAGCAGAGAAGCCGGUAGAAAAUAAAAUGGACAUGUUAGAAUUUCUGAACAAAAACUAUCCAACUGCUGACGAUUUCCUUCUAUCUGACGUCAAGAAGAAGUAUAAAGAAACUUUCGGCAUUGUUAAAACAUUCGAUGUACUAAAAGAAGAAAUAGAAGCUACGAAAUUGUUUAGGAUUUCAAAUAUACAUCGUACAAUUCAUGUAAAACGCUUAUAA